CCACUAUCAAAGUAGGCAUCAACCAGCAAAGUUCACAAUCUUUCUCCAACCACGUGUUUUCAUCAACCGGCAAUGAACGUCCUAAAGUUUUGCGAGCUCUGCUUCCGCCGCCCGAACGAGGUCGGCACGCUGCUCAUCUCGUCCUGUCGGCACAUGGUCUGCCGGCGAUGUGUCACGGGCAGUGCCACCGCCUGUUCCGUGUGCCAGCGGGAAGCGCGGAUCAUCGAACUGAACGACGCCACCAUGCCGGAACAGCUGAAGGAGUACUUUGACCAGAGCGACCAGCUGACCAAGUCCUACAAGGUGACCCAGUUCCAGAUGGAGAAGAUGGACAAGUUUAUCGCCGGGAAGGUUCACCUAUUGGCCAAGUACGAGGAGAAGAAGAAAACGAUGAAGAAGCUGAAGGAACACUCGGACGCGCUGAAGAAGGCCAUUCUGGAGGAAACGGCACUGAUCCGGAAGCUGUACGAGCGUCGCAAGUCCCCGGGGGGUUCCCGCAGUACGCCUUCUUCAUCAACCUCUGCGGCAGGAGGCUCAACGGAGUCACUGCGCGUGGCCACGCUGGAGCGGAACAUGCAGAAGCUGACCGUGAAGCGCACGCGGACUCCGGCAACGAGCAGCAGCGAAAGUGAUCUGGCCUCCAAGUCUUCCGGGUCGAAGCGGACCCCGGUUAGCUCGCCGGACGAGGUGUUCAAGGUGCCGACGUACUCGCCCAGUCUGCGGCGGGUGCCCAGCUCGGCCGAGCUUCCGGCCUCGACCCGGGAUCGAAUCUACCAGCAGCAGGUGCGCAACAUGGACAAAGCCAUGAGCCUGCCGGUGGGACCGAAGCUGAAGGUGAAGAACCGUGGGAGCGACAUCGAGCGGGCUCGCAAUAUGCACUUUUGAGCAUAACUCUGUUAAAUUUGAAUAAA